CGCCGCCUCCGCCGAGUCUUGCGGGGCCAGGUCGCGCCCUCCCCGGGCGCCCGCCGGCUCGAAUGCCGAGGGGCUCCGGGGCGUAGCUGCGCGCCCGGCGCCGCCUCCAGGCUCCUCCAGCCCCGCCAUGGGCUGCUGCAGCUCCGCCUCCGCCGCGCAGAGCUCCAAACGAGAAUGGAAGCCACUGGAAGACCGUAGCUGCACAGACAUACCAUGGCUACUGCUCUUUGUCCUCUUCUGCAUUGGAAUGGGAUUUAUUUGUGGCUUUUCAGUAGCAACAGGUGCAGCAGCGAGACUAGUGUCAGGAUACGACAGCUAUGGAAAUAUCUGUGGGCAGAAAAAUGCAAAGUUGGAAGCAAUACCAAACAGUGGCAUGGACCACACCCACCAGAAGACUACGGAAGUGCUGGGGAGCAUGCUGUGAUGCUGGUCAGCAUGCAGUCUCCUCUUUGGUAUGUAUUCUUUUUGGAUCCAUGCAAACUGGACUUGAUUAACCGGAAGAUCAAGUCUGUAGCACUAUGUGUAGCAGCAUGUCCAAGACAAGAAUUGAAAACCUUGAGUGAUGUGCAGAAGUUUGCAGAGAUGAAUGGCUCAGCACUAUGUAGCUACAACCUAAAGCCUUCUGAAUAUACUAUAUCUCUUAAAUCUUCUGAUCUUUGCCCCAAACUACCAGUUCCAGCGAGUGCACCUAUUCCAUUCUUCCAUCGCUGUGCUCCUGUGAACAUUUCCUGCUAUGCCAAGUUUGCAGAGGCCCUGAUCACCUUUGUCAGUGACAAUAGUGUCUUACACAGGCUGAUUAGUGGAGUAAUGACCAGCAAAGAAAUUAUAUUGGGACUUUGCUUGUUAUCACUAGUUCUAUCCAUGAUUUUGAUGGUGAUAAUCAGGUAUAUAUCAAGAAUACUUGUGUGGAUCUUAACAAUUCUGGUCAUACUGGGUUCACUUGGUGGCACAGGUGUACUAUGGUGGCUGUAUGCAAAGCAAAGAAGGUCACCAAAAGAAAAAGUUCUUCCUGAACAGCUUCAGAUAGCUGAAGACAAUCUUCGGGCCCUCCUCAUCUAUGCCAUUUCAGCUACAGUGUUCACAGUUAUCUUGUUCCUGAUAAUGCUGGUUAUGCGCAAACGUGUUGCUCUCACAAUCGCCUUGUUUCAUGUGGCCGGCAAGGUCUUCAUUCACCUGCCACUGUUAGUCUUCCAACCGUUUUGGACCUUCUUUGCUCUUGUCUUGUUUUGGGCAUACUGGAUCAUGACACUUCUUUUUCUUGGCACUACUGGCAGUGCUGUUCAGAAUGACGAAGGCUUUGUGGAGUUUAGAAUUUCUGGUCCUCUACAGUACAUGUGGUGGUACCAUGUGGUUGGCCUAAUCUGGAUCAGUGAAUUUAUUCUAGCAUGUCAGCAGAUGACUGUGGCCGGAGCUGUGGUAACGUACUACUUCACUAGGGAUAAAAGGAAUUUGCCAUUUACACCCAUUUUGGCAUCAGUGAAUCGCCUUAUUCGUUAUCACCUUGGUACUGUAGCAAAAGGAUCUUUUAUUAUCACAUUAGUAAAAAUUCCACGAAUGAUCCUUAUGUACAUUCACAGUCAACUCAAAGGGAAGGAAAAUGCUUGUGCACGAUGUGUGCUGAAAUCAUGUAUUUGUUGCCUUUGGUGUCUUGAAAAGUGCCUAAAUUAUUUAAAUCAGAAUGCAUACACAGCCACAGCUAUCAACAGCACCAACUUCUGCACUUCAGCAAAGGAUGCCUUUGUCAUUCUGGUGGAGAAUGCUUUGCGCGUGGCUGCCAUAAACACAGUGGGAGAUUUCAUGUUAUUCCUAGGCAAGGGGAGUGGUGGUGAACCUACGGCACACAUGCUGCAGCACGCACACAUAGCCUUCUGUCAGCAAGAGAGCCAAGUUGCUGUAGCAGCUGAGCAGCAGGUGCUGAUAGUCUGCAGCACAGGUUUGGCUGGGAUUAUGCUGCUCAACUACCAGCAGGAUUACACAGUAUGGGUGCUGCCUCUGAUCAUCGUCUGCCUCUUUGCUUUCCUAGUCGCUCAUUGCUUCCUGUCCAUUUACGAAAUGGUAGUGGAUGUAUUAUUCUUGUGUUUUGCCAUUGAUACAAAGUACAAUGAUGGGAGCCCUGGCAGAGAGUUCUAUAUGGAUAAAGUGCUAAUGGAAUUUGUGGAAAACAGUAGGAAAGCAAUGAAAGAAGCUGGUAAGGGAGGCGUUGCUGAUGCCAGAGAGCUAAAGCCGAUGGCUUCGGGAGCAAGUUCUGCUUGAACCUAGCCGACGGUUAUGGAACCCAUUGACAUUCCAAAACAAUAUAUACACAUAACUAUGUAUUUGUGUGUGUGGGUGUGUGUAUAUAUAUAUGUAUAUGUAUGUGUGUGUAUAUACAUAUAUCUAUAUGUAUAUACACACACACACAUAAUCAGCCAAAAUCAGAAAAAAGGAACAGGGAUUUAAUACCUUUUUUAUGCUUAUUUUUGUCAAACAUGUACUCCUUUCAUACGGGUGGCUUUUACAAGGCAACUUCCGUCAUUUAAUGUUUUCAAUUGUAAUUGUCUUAAUGGAAAUGUUAGAUUCAUAUCUGAUUAACAUUUUUAAUAACUUAGAGGAGAUUUUAACUUUAGUUACUUAAAUUAGAUACAAUUGUUGUACCAAAUUCUUGUCUAAAAUUUAUUCAGGGAUAAUUUCCCUGAUGUGUGUAUAAAAUCAAGAUCUUAUUUUACUGAUGCCUAAGUCCUAGCAUAUCAAAACUAGGCACGUGCUUUCAGAUAAAUAAGGCAUUACUCCAAUCACUUUCCCCCAAUCAAAAGCCAUGUCAUUUUACUUUUAGAAACAUGCAAGUGGGCCAACCUGGGAAUUUUCUUAGUAGCUCAUACAUUUGUCAGCCAACAUUAAAAAGUAACCAACUCCUCAGGUAUAUGUAGUUUACCCUAAUGCUUCUAUAAAAGAAAGUUGGAAAAAAUGAAAAGGGUAGAUAAUCUUUCUUAUGCAAACUUUUUUCUUACAUUUGUCUUUCUUUUUAACUUUAGUAGCAUCCUCCACACAUUUGUGUGCCUGAUUUGAAAGGAAGCUGGGGCGCCCAGCAAGUUUAGCCUUUAAGUUUCUGUGCAUUGAUUUGUAGAUUAAGUAAUGUUAGGAGGAAUUUAAAAGGGACAAAAAUGUGGAGCAUAGAGCAUUGAAAAUUCCAGUGCUUGGGCUUCUGCUUCAGAAGAACAUCAGUGGCUUAGGGUUAAACAGCCGUUGUAUUCAAAUGCUUGCUAUAAAACCUGAAAAUACACUGGCAGGUGCUCCUCUCUUUGGCAAUUCAUUGACUAUCCAGUGUUCUACAAUGUUUAACUGAAGAAUUGGUUAAUGUUUUGAUCCUCAAGUGUGAAUGUUUUUUAUGUUUGGGGGUGGGUUUGAGGACUUGUUGUUAUUUUGUUUUUUUAUUCCUGAAGCUCACCAGAUAUGAAUGGCUAAUAUUCCAUUGUUCUGCUUAUUGUAAUGGUGAAUGCUUUAAGAAAAAAUGUGUAAUUUGCUAAGAAUAAUUCAUGAUCUGUUUAUGCGAUAACUCCUUUUUGUUACAAUUUUUUUAAAAAAAGCUAUUUUUGUUAAUGUAAAGUAAAUAUUUCAGAGCAAAUUUUUUAAACUUAUUGCACUAAAUACAGGCUCUGUACAAAAAAAGAAAAAAGAAAAAAAAAGCCUCCACAUUUUAUCAUUCCAUGGAAGUAAAAUCUUUUGAAAGAAAGCAUUGCCUCCAACCAGAAUUGGACAGUGAAUUAGACUGGUAUUAUGGGAAUGCAUACAAUUAAUGUCACUAGGGCUUAAUAAGCAGCUGUUUGCUAAUAUGCUUCCUUUCAAAGGGUUAGACCUUUAAAUUGCUGCAAAAGGUAAAUUGUAUUUUUUUUAAGUAUUGGUGUUCUUUAGCUAGGCUAAAAUUUGCUAAAUGCCUUGGUUUCUUUUCAAAGCUCAUGUAAUAUUUCUGAUUUUCCAGAAUAUUUGCAAUAAGAGUCUGGAUUAACACACACAUACACACACACACACAUGCACACAUACACACAUACAAUUAAUAGUUCAUAUCUUAGCAAGAUCUGGAAACCAACUUUGUGAGCUUAGCUAUUUUGAAAUAAUAAUUCUCCAGAAGUUAACAUCUAACAUCUAGUGUCUCCAAUGUCACUGUACUUUUAUAUUAUUUGAAUGAAAUAAAUAUAAUUAUGUAGCUAACAAUUAUCCAAAUAGGUGAGAGAGCAAAUCAUGUAAGAAAAUUCAGAACACUAUUGUUUCAUAGCUACACCAAUUUUGGACUUUCAGAAACAUUGGGAACUAAAUUUAGAAUUGGCAAAAGUCUGGAAGAUGGGUGUCCAAAGAGAAGACAUUCCAGGAGCUAGCUAUUUUAGGAGGUGUUCCUCCAACGUGACCUGAUGGAAAUCUUGAACUUGGAAAUUAGGUUCUACUCACUUGGACAUCCCUGCAUCAUGGAUUCUUGCUGCCCCCUGUUUCAUGUGCUCACAAUCUCAGCUAUUUGGAAGCCACCAGGAAUGCUUUCUAAUUAUCAUUUGCAACUAGAACUGUAAUCAGAAAUUUUGUAUUUUUGUAUAACUUGAUUGUGUGCCAUUUUAUAUAACAGGUCCUGUUUUACAAAUAAAUUUUGUUUUACUAACAUUGUGUUUAGAAAUUAUGAUCUAUGUGUAACCAUGUCAUUCGAGUUCCAAAUUAAUUUCCAGGCUGUUUUCCCUAAGUAAAUUUGUGUGCCAUAUAGAUAUAUGCAAAUAUGCAUAUAUAUUACUCAGGCACACACAGAUAUCUGAUGUAUGGAAUAUCACUCUCACAUGAGCUUCAUUCCUUGAUUAAUUUGAUAAAGUAUCAUAGAGGCUUUUUAGAAGUGUUCCAAUGCUUUGAGGUUAUGUUCAGAUAUUCCCACUGCUUCUUUCAUUCAUUGCAAGUCAUUCUUCAGCUAGCUGUGGGCUGCCUUAUUGCUAUUUGCUCACUGCUUCCAUCUUCUGCCCAAGUGAGAAGAAUAGAUGAAGAACAAAAAUUAUCUGUGAAAUGUGGAUACCUGAAUAAUUUUAUAAACCAUUGAUUUUGUAUUGUGGUUUUUGUCUUUUUCUGUGAUGGUUCUUCAAAAUUGCAUUUAGGAGUCCUAUCUCUAUAGAGUUAUUGUUAGGAUUCCUAUUGUAAAUGGUAGUGGUAUCCAGAGUGUCAUUAUGUUUUAUGCCAUCAGAUAGUAAGGGUUUUGAUGCAUAACUUAGACUUUCUAGGUUCCUGCCUCAAAAAUAAGCUCUGUUACAAUAUGAUAGAAAGGGAAAAGGUUAAAUUCCAGUGUAAAUCCAAGAGACCUGUCUACAAUGAGACGCUUAAAGUACAAUAAUAACAAAACAUUAGCAAUUUAGCAAUGGCACGGAGAUUGUAUAAUCCUUGCAUGGAUGAGCAGCGCUCAAAACAGGUUGUUCUUUUAAACCAUUUAAUGUAAUGGUUAAUGUUCAGGAUUAAAGUUUUUAUUCUAUCCUACAGGAUAAUUAAGUCCUAAGUCACUGUAAUUUAAGUAGCUUAAACUGUAUGGUCCCCAAAUAUUUUCUAUAAUGGAAGCACUUAUUGAAUCUCUUUAAAAGUUAUGCUAGAAAUAAGUUUCUCCAUUAUAAAAAUGCUCUCUUACUCCUGUUUUCCUUUUUUUCAGGGAAAGGCAUUAACCUGCUGAUUAUAAAAUCUUCCCAAUACCACUGGCCUUGGUAUUUACCAAGAGCUCUCUUUCCUUUCUUCCCAAAGGAGUUUCAGUAUUUCUCCUCGGUAGGCUGGGGUAAGAGGACUGGUAAGGAGGCUGACCCUUUAUUCUGGUCCUGAUCUGCUUAAAACAGAGUAAUACUUUUUCCUCCCUCUUCUUCAAAACAGAAAUUGCAUGCACCAAAUAUUUGCAAGGGUACACAGUGCUUCUGAGGCUUUAAACAUUUUCACCAUGCACAAUCACUAGCUACUAAAGGCUAUUUCAAAACAUCCCCCAACAUACAAAGGAAUAUUGUGAGAUCAUUUGCAAAACCAGAGCUGUCUGCUAUGAUGACUUGAACAUUUUAUUUUAUUUUUUUAAAUUUUUACUAUUGGUCAGUAUUCUUUCAUUUGAAUUGGAGUUUCCAAUAGCCUUAACAUAGCCUCUGAGAAGUUUCCUUCAAAAAAGUCUUUAAACUUCCACCUUUCAAAAUGUAAAUUCUCUACUGCUUUUCUACUGCUGCUAUGGGGAAAAAAAAUCCUUGGAGUCUCAAGGCUUAUCAGUUCACCUGACACAGUUAAUUUCUGUAUUUUCAUACACUGCAUCUGACAGAAGUGCUUACGUAGAGUUAAGAUAUGGUCUGUGAAUAUAUAUUGGAGAAUUGUGGGUUCAUCAGUAAAUGCAUAAAGUAGAGACUUGUGUAUUCUACAUUCAUAGCAUAGAAUGCCUUUUGCUUUAAAUGCAUAUUUAUAUAGCAUUGUGUACUAAGGAAUGCGUGUUAGUCCUUUUGAAAAGUAGGCACUGUUCAUAUACAGUGGCUGCUUUUGGAAUUUAACUCACCUCUAUUUAAUAGCACAUAGCCCACAUUUUGAAAAGGCAGGACCCUUGAAUGUCCCAAGAGAAAAUCUAAAGCUUAAAACAAAAACUAAACAUGUUGUAUAUACUUAUAAAUUUAAAAUAACAAUUUUCAAAUUUCAUAAAUUUGAGCCAAAUUAUAUUUCAUGUUUUAAGAGCCCAAUUUUAAUCCAAGAUUUAAAUCUUUGAAAAUCUUUCUUAUAGAAAUCUUAAAUGCAGUUUUUAAACUUGUGGAUUUCUGUGGAAAACCUUUUUUUCUAUAGAAAUAUUACAGUGCCCUUUCUUUUUCCUCAUCUUGAUUUUUCUGUGUGUGAAACUAAAUGAUUCAGCUUUAAUUUUGCAUGAACAAUCACCACCUUUGUGAAUUACAUAUACAGGAUUUAAGUUUGAUGUGUUCUACAGGAAUUCAUUAAUAAAUUUGUUCAGAUGAUAUGAAAUUGUUAAGGACCCAGAUAUUACGCUAUUCUUAAGUUUUGAUACUUAGCUUUACAACUGAAAUGACCAGGGAGCUCAGAAUAAGAAAGCUUUUAUUCAUGGUCUAGUCAAGAUCUGGUUGAACAUGAUAACAUUAAUUUAAAAAUAUUCCAGAAAUUUUUCAAUUUUAUUUGCUAAUAUCUGAAUUAAAUAUGUGAUAUUUAAAAGCAGAUUCAUCUGAGGGAUCGUAAGUCCCUUUGAACUUAUAAAAGCUGUGGACUUUCUCCAAAAUGCACAUAGCACAUCUGUGAACACUUCAAAUGUUCAUAGAAAUGAUUAGGUCCUCCUUAAUAUUCUUUUGAGAUGAAAUUUAGCACCUUUGGCCUGGAAUCAUUUUUAUAAUUUAAAGAUUUUUGCAUAAUUUAGUACUACGUUUGGGAAUAGAAACUACAGUAAACAGAAUAAAUAACCAGAUGGUCAAUGUUGAAUCUUCACAACGGUAAAAGUUCUUACCUUGGAGGAAUGAGGAGGUAUGAUGUUUACCAAAUUAUUAGCAAUGUACACAUGAAAAAAAUCCAAGAAAUGGAGAAUCCUUGUAAUUAUCCAUCAACCAAGACACAUGAUUAUUUUUAUUGUAGCUCAGAUAAUAAUAUGUUGCGUAGUGCUCUCAGUGUUUCACCUGCCAGCAUGACCAAAAACAAAUGAAGAUGAUAACUUGGCAAACAUAGUACAUACACUUGACCAAAAACAACGGAAAAUUGCUGGAGCAGGUACUUACAACAGAAAUUUGAAAGGUGUUUUUUGUCCCCACAUAAAUCAGGGAGAUGUUUUGUGUUUUGAGGUUUUCCACCCUCUAACACAGCCUUGGACCACUGUGCCAAUGGAACCACAUCUCCAUUCCCCAUGUUCACCCAUCUCCCUUCUUUAGGGAAGCACAUGAAGUGCUUCACAUCUGCAACUUACUCUUAGGUAAUGGUGCUGCAUCUGCAUGGCAGCUCUCUGGGAAAGUUCUCUGGGUUCUUGAAAAAGCAGACAGAAACCCUAAAGAAACUUGAAAUUAUUUAAGGCUUUAUUCCAGUAGAUCACAGCUUAUAUAGUCAGACACCAAACCACUACCUACAUUUUUAGGCUGAUGAAAGCAUUGGAAAUUUUUCAACUGCCUGGUUAAGAAAAGAGAAAAUUUGGCUCCCUACCCCUACACCCACCCACUCCUAAAAAACCUCUAAUAAUCCUUCCAUAGAAAUAAACAGUCCACUGCUGGAAAUUUCCAUAUCAGGCAGCAAAGGACCAAAGUCCAGUCUAAAUUUGACAGUUCCUUGAGGGUCUCACCAUAGAAAUGACUUAAAGAGAAUAUUCCAAUCUUUGUUUACAAAUCCUGUCUAUCCAUCCUUCUAGCUAGAAAUACCUAAGUUGUUUGAGGAAUAUGUGUUGAUCCACUCCAUGUGAGUCAAAGUAAGCAUUAAAAAGACUUGGGGAAUGAAGGGAAGAUAGAACAAGUCCCAUGGACCAUUCUGCCUGCCAGUAGAAAUGUGGUUUUACAUACAAUGUGUUAGAAAUGCUUCACAUAAGGAUGUGACAAUAACAGAACAGCUUUGGAGACUGAUUUGAGACAGGGACUGUUGAAUAAAAUUUUCCCCAUCACUUGGGUUCCAGUAGUCUGGGCUCAGAACUUCAUUUUGGCUUCUUUUGUUUUUACUAGUUCUGAUUUUUCAGAGAUGAUCACAUAGGGAAAGUUAUCUUUUUCCUACUAUGUUGCUCUAGUGUUACUAGAGUCUAUUGUGUUAUUUCCUGAUUUCUGCCCAUCCCUAUAAGGGUGCUGGGAAUGCCAUAAUGAAAAAGAAGUUUCAAUUUUGCUAUCUCAGAAUGUAGUAUUCAUGACCACUAAAUAUAGUUCUAAAAGAUCUCAAACCUAAUAGAGUAAAUUCAAGUGGAUUGUUAGCUCAUUUGAUAAUAGGGAAAAAUGCUUUAGAACUAAAAAACAAAGAGGAAAACCGUGAAGUGAAGGACAUGUAGCAAAAUGACACAGGGCUGAGAAAACAACCAAAGACAAAAGCCUAUUUUCUGAAGACCAAAGGCCCAACUUUUAUCUACUGACUGGCACAGCCUUUCUGAACUUGAUUUGAGGCUGUAACUCCUAGAAUAAGGCACUCGGAUCUUAAAGACCAGUCAGUGUAAUAAGGAUCUGCUGUUGAUCUCUCAGGCGCUGAGUUUUCACAUCCAGUGUCCAGCCCUGCCUGUUGUACAGGGUGAUAUGAACAGAAAAUGGCACAUCAGUGUGUCUCAAUUUCUCACUAUAUAACUCAGCAUGAGAAGUACAUUGUGGUACCACAUAUUUGAUGUCUUUUUUUUUUUUUUACAUUAGCAUCCUAUUUCAGACUGUCAGAUUUUUGUGUCAUGUCCUGUCUUUGUCCACCACAAACUGGAGGAUCACAAUUAAGCCUUCCGUGAAUUCCAUAAUUUGGAAUCAUUUACUUUAGCAUUAUUUGGGGUUUUUCUUCUUAUUACAGUGUCACUACACUGUACGCAUAUGGGGAAACAAACAUGUAGGUGCUUGAACAUGCCCCGCAGAUACAGUUGUAGCCCUGGUAUUUGUGACUGUCAUUACUGACACAGUACAGACUUUACAGAUGGAGCAUUAUGCUCUCAGAGGACUUUAAAAAUAUGUAUAUUAAGCAAUUAACUUUCUGGAGUUAUCAAAUCUUGCUGGGAAAUUAACUUCCAAGAGCUCUGAAUUGGAUGGCAUUCCAUCUGGCUUCAGAGUACAAUGAGCUUAUAUGAAAUGGAGCUUUGAAAUGUUUUCUUGUACAGAAAUAUGGACUAGAAAAAAAAAGUGCUGAUCUAAUGCGAAGUUUUCUCUGUGUACUGACUCAGUUGCCAGAAUUAUAAUGAAAACUGUAUUUUAGUCUAACAAAUGUAUAGAAUUUUUUAUGUAAUAAAUAAAAUUUUAUAGGAAAGAA